AUGCAUUUCGGAUCUCUUUCAGCCUAUGUGGGUAAUAACUCUCACACUCAUUUUCCCCAUGGAGAAAACAUCUCUUAUUUCUCCUUCUUCUCUGAGAUACACCACUCAGAUCAUGUUGCCACCACUAUUGUCGAGACCCUGGCUAUUACUGCUGUCUUCCUCGUCUCCGUGGCAGCAAAUGCGGCAGCUGCAGCCCUGGUAACCUGGGAACGCAGACUAGUGGCCAACAAGACCGUGCUGACCCUCAACUUGUUUGUGGCCGACCUGCUGUUUGUCAGCAUGAUCCCGCUGAUUGUGGCAGUGCGGUGGACUGUGUCCUGGACGCUGGGGUAUACAGCCUGUCACACUCUGCUCUAUGUCAUCUGUAUGAGUGGCUGUGUCACCAUCUCUACCCUGGCCUCCAUCAGUGUGGAGAGGGUCCAGGCCAUCCUUCGGCUGCAGUCUGUGCCCACUCUAAACUGCAGGAUGGUGACUGCCACCCUCUUCUUCAUCUGGGCCUUUUCUGCACUCACCUCCAUACCUCUGACUCUGUUCUUCACUGUGAUGGAUGAGAAGUUCCCUGAGCAGGAACGCAUACACAUCUGUACUCUCAAGUGGCCUGACAAAACUGGAGAGAUUGCGUGGAACGUAGCCUUCACUGCACUGUGCUUCUUCCUCCCAGGAUUCAUAAUUGUAGUCAGUUACAGCAAAAUAUUACAGAUUGCUAAAAGAAGUAGGCUCGGGCUGCGACCCCGAGACAGCCAGCCCCCAGCUGGAGACCCUCUUGAGUACCGUGUGUCCCGCCAGGAUAUGAAGCUCUUCCGUACCCUUCUGGUCCUUGUGCUUUCUUUCUUAAUCAUGUGGAGCCCCAUUUUCAUCAUCACCUUCCUCAUCCUGGCCAGGAACUUCCUUGUUCACCUAGAUGUCUCCUCUACCAUGUUCUUCUGGGUGAUAACGUUCACACUGGCCAACUCAGCCCUGAAUCCCAUCCUCUACUCAGUCUGCCAGUUAAAGAACGGCUGGCGUAGGCUCUGCAGUGGCACUGUUGUAGCACCACAGAGGAGAAAGCCGCAUGGAAUUGGUCGGACGCAAGGGAUACAGCCAUGA